GUUAAAGGGCUGAGCAGCGGGACCGCGUUGUUAAAGCCGAGGCUGCCUGUGACCGAAGAUCGGGACCAAAGGCUGGAGGCCGAGACCCGCGAGGAUGCUACCCAUCACCGACCACCUGCUGCACCUCCUUGGGCUGGAAAAGACAGCAUUCCGCAUCUACACCGUGUCAGCCCUACUCCUCUCCCUGCUCUUCUUCCUCUUCCGCCUGCUGCUGCAGUUUCUCGGACUCUGCUGGCGCUUCCAUGUCACCUGCCGUCGCCUGCGCUGCUUCCCACAGCCGCCCAGGCGCAACUGGCUGCUGGGCCACUUGGGCAUGUUUCUUCCGAAUGAGACCGGCCUUCAGGAUGAGAAGAAGGUGCUAGAUAACAUACAUCAUGUGAUCCUGGUGUGGGUUGGACCUGUCCUGCCUCUCUUGGUUCUAGUACACCCUGAUUACAUCAAGCCUGUGGUGGGUGCCUCAGCUGCUAUUGCUCCCAAGGACGAUCUUUUCUACAGCUUCCUGAAGCCUUGGCUAGGGGAUGGGCUUUUGCUUAGCAAAGGUGAUAAGUGGACCCAACACCGCCGCCUGCUGACACCCGCCUUCCACUUUGACAUCCUGAAGCCUUACAUGAAGAUCUUUAACCAAUGCACCGAUGUAAUGCAUGCUAAAUGGAGACAGCAUCUGGCAGAGGGCUCUGUGGCCUUUGACAUGUUUGAGCAUGUCAGCCUCAUGACCCUAGACAGUCUUCAGAAAUGCGUGUUCAGUCACAACAGCAACUGCCAGGAGAAGAUGAGUGAUUAUUUAUCAGCCAUCAUUGAACUGAGUGCACUGGUUGUCAGGCGCCAGUAUCGUGUACAUCACCACCUGGAUUUCAUCUACUACCUCACAGCCGACGGGCGGCGCUUCCGCCAGGCCUGCGACACCGUGCACCGCUUCACCACCGAGGUCAUUCAGGAGCGGCGGCAGUCGCUGCGCCAUCAGGGUGCUGAGGCCUGGCUGAAGGCCAAGCAGGGCAAGACCUUGGAUUUCAUUGAUGUGCUGCUCCUGGCCAAGGAUGAAGAGGGAAAGGAACUGUCCAACGAGGACAUCCGUGCUGAGGCAGACACCUUCAUGUUUGAGGGUCAUGACACAACAUCGAGUGGGCUGUCGUGGGUGCUGUUCAACUUGGCAAAGUACCCUGAAUACCAGGAGAAGUGCCGGGAAGAGAUCCAGGAAGUCAUGAGAGGCCGGGAGCUGGAGGAACUGGAGUGGGACGACCUGACUCAGCUGCCUUUCACCACCAUGUGCAUCAAGGAGAGCCUGCGCCAGUUCCCGCCUGUCACCCUCAUCUCUCGCCGCUGCACGGAGGACAUCAAGCUCCCAGAUGGGCGCAUCAUCCCCAAAGGAAUCAUCUGCCUGAUCAGCAUCUAUGGGACCCACUACAACCCCACAGUGUGGCCUGACUCCAAGGUGUACAACCCUUACCGCUUUGACCCCGACAAUCCACAGCAGCGCUCUCCGCUGGCCUACAUACCCUUCUCGGCAGGACCCAGGAAUUGCAUCGGACAGAGCUUCGCCAUGGCUGAGAUGCGGGUGGCCGUGGCGCUGACUUUGCUGCGUUUCCGCCUGAGUGUCGACCGAACACGCAAGGUGCGGCGGAAGCCGGAGCUCAUCCUUCGCACCGAGAGUGGCAUCUGGCUCAACGUGGAGCCGCUGCCUCCGCGGGCCUGA